UUGCUCAUCUCCACCAGGACUCUAGAUGGUCUUUAAAGUGUCGGUCUGCUUUAUUUUUCACACAGCUCACUUGAAUUGUUCUGCUUUUCAGAAUUUAUUACGCAGUGAAAAAAUAAGUAGAAAACAAUGGGCUGUGUGCAAAGUUUCAGGGAGCUGUGUGACCGUCCGAAAAAAACCAACGUCCAUGUGAGUCUUCCAAUAGUCUGUUUUGUGUGGCAGACGGCAAUGAUCAUCUUGUUUGGGAUUUUUAUUCGUUACAACGAGGAAUCGGAUACACACUGGAUCGAGCACCGAAAGGCUAAGAAUAUAUCAAGUGACAUUGAGAACGACUUCUACUUCAGAUAUCCCAGUUUCCAGGAUGUCCACGUCAUGAUCUUUGUUGGAUUUGGCUUCUUGAUGACGUUUCUCAAGAAGUACAGCUUCGGCGCCGUGGGUUUCAACUUCCUCAUCGCUGCCUUCGGCCUCCAGUGGGCCCUGCUCAUGCAAGGCUGGUUCCACUCUCUUGACUACACUGAUGGAAAGAUCAAAAUCGGAGUGGAAAAUCUGAUCAAUGCGGACUUCUGUGUGGCUGGCUGCUUGAUUGCGUAUGGAGCCGUGCUGGGUAAAGUCAGCCCAGUGCAGCUGAUGGUCAUGACUCUGUUUGGCAUCACCUUGUUUGCUGUGGAGGAAUACAUCAUCCUGAACCUCAUACACGCCAGAGAUGCUGGAGGCUCCAUGGUGAUCCACACAUUCGGAGGUUAUUAUGGCCUGUCCAUCUCGUGGAUGCUCUAUCGGCCAAACCUGGACCAGAGCAACCGUCUGCAUGGCUCCGCCUACCACUCGGACGUCUUUGCAAUGAUCGGAACCCUCUUCCUGUGGAUGUUCUGGCCCAGCUUCAACUCCGCCGUCACAGACCACGGGGACGGGCAGCACCGAGCGUUCAUCAACACCUACCUGGCUCUGGCCUCGACCGUGCUCACGACCGUGGCCAUCUCCAGCCUCUUUCAGAAGCAUGGCAAACUGGACAUGGUUCACAUCCAGAACUCGACUCUUGCUGGAGGCGUUGCAGUGGGAACAGCAGCAGAGUUCAUGCUGAUGCCCUACGGAUCUCUGAUCGUGGGAUUCUGCUGCGGCAUCCUCUCCACCCUGGGAUACAUCUACCUCACGCCCUUAAUGGAGAAGUACCUAAAGAUCCAGGACACAUGUGGCAUCCAUAACCUCCACGCCAUGCCGGGAGUCAUAGGUGGAAUCGUGGGAGCCAUUACAGCGGCGGCGGCGACCGAGUCAGUGUAUGGCGCUGAAGGGCUUGCUAACACCUUCGACUUUGAGGGCGCUUAUAAAGACACAAAACCCACUCGACAGGGUGGUCUCCAAGCCGCGGGCCUCUGUGUGGCUAUCUGCUUCGGGAUAGGCGGCGGCAUCAUUGUCGGUUGUAUCUUGAGACUGCCGAUCUGGGGAGAUCCUUCAGAUGACCACUGUUUUGAUGAUCAGGCCUACUGGGAGCUUCCCCAGGAGGAGGAGGAGGAGGAGAGCAACCCAACCGUCCUGCAGUACAACAACCACCACACGCACAACAAAGAUAUAGCGGUGUCAAAUUUCACCAUGGAGCAGAACUGACGAUAGGCCUCGAUCCGGAUGGAGCUCAGGAACCGUUUCUUUUCUUCUUCGAUUUUCUCCUGGUUAACAGAAAUAUUUAUUGAAUACAAUUAUUUCUCAACAAUUUAAAGCAGUUAUUUCUCGUGCAAUCAAUAUCAAUCAAUCAAUCAAUCAAAUUGUAUUUUUAUAGCCCAUAUUAAAAAAUUACAAUUCGUCUCAUAGGGCUUUAACAGGGUGUGACAUCCUCUGUCCUUAACCUUAAUCACAGUCCAAUCAAUAUGACUAUAAAGGUUCUUUUUUUUGAUUUUUUGAAAUUUACCGCUGCAUUUUUCUCUCGAUCCUCACAAAACGACGAGGCUCAGAUCUGGACUGAACCAACUUGAACCAACUUGAAUGUGACUGUGACAACAUGACUGUGGCUCCUUUAAAGUGCUGGUGAGAUGGGUGUUUGAGACCGUGGCGUAUUUCCCUUUGCUUCAGAUCCAUUUGAGUUGAACUUUAAGGAUUUCACGUCUCAGUUUGUCACAAUUGAAGUUGCUUGUACAGACUGGAUGUGAAAUCAGAAGCCAACACACAGACGAGUGAGUUUGAAAAUGUACAUAUAAAUUAAAUUUGUCAAGAAUUGCUACUUCUACAGGCAUUAAUAGACAAAUGUGGGUAUAAAUGUUACCGUCCUAUAUAAAAAAUAUAAAAUAUUUAUGUACUGCUUAUAUGAAUACCUCAAUCAUUUUGUCAAACUCUUGAUAUUUAUACAUUUAAAUGCAGUAGAAUAUUUAUCUCAUGUUGUUUUGAAAUGUGAAGUUUCUUGUCUGUGAUGUACGUUUGAAUCAUUAAAGUAUUGU